AUAGAAAUCAGGUAAUAGUGGGCACCUAUAAACGUGGGUUUGCAUAAAUGAACAAGGAAUGUGUGCAAAACAAGCAAAAGCCAAGACUCCUGUUCUCCAGCAGCCACAACUGGAUUUCAAGCUACAGUAAAAGUUAACGUUGCAUUAAAUGGGGAAAAUUGGUGCUAUUAUGAGGGGUGGCUGGGAGGAAAUGAAGCUUGUUGGCAGUCGCGCAUGACACUUUGGAAAUUGCCGGUGCCUGCAGCUAAUGUAGAGUAGACUGCGAGUGAUUGGACAGAGGGAUUUGUGGGGCAAGGCACAGAAGAUCGCAAGUAGUUUUCCUCUGCGUUCAACAGGCGUCAGCGGCAGAAGAAGCUAAAGAGAGCGUCUGGCUCAGUUGGAGUAGAAAGGAACUAACACAAACGAGCUGAACACCCUCCUCUUUUCCCUCCUCUAUUCCAUCUCAUGGACAGUCGCAAGAAACUUCAUACAGUGUGUGCUGUCGCUGCUGCACGCUCCCACUUGUUAGCUUCUCGCUGCCCGCAUACCGACCAGACCUGCCAACUUUACGCACGGUAACUUGCCUGGCGCACGCAAUUACGCCAAUAUAGUCGCGCGUAUUGUACAGUUGAUACGAGAUAAAGAGAAGAUGGAUCAAACCACCGAAGACCGGAACGACAGCGACGGGCUUGUGAUGGACCCAGAUAGUUUAGAAGAGCAAUCGGGUGUAAAACCAUUGCUGGGAAUUGGCAUUGACAAUGUUAUCACUCUGGUUGUGUUCGGGAUAAUAUUCGCACUAGGGGUGCUGGGUAAUUCCUUGGUGAUCACGGUGCUGGCAAGAAACAAACCCGGGAAGCCACGUAGUACCACCAACAUCUUCAUCCUGAAUUUGAGCAUCGCAGACCUGGCUUAUCUGCUCUUCUGUAUCCCUUUCCAGUCUACUGUCUAUGUCCUGCCAACCUGGGUGCUCGGAGCCUUCAUCUGCAAGUUCAUUCAUUACUUCUUCACCGUGUCCAUGUUGGUCAGCAUCUUCACUCUCUCUGCCAUGUCGGUGGAUAGAUACGUGGCCAUAGUCCACUCCAGGAGGUCCUCUGCUAUCAGGGUGUCCAGAAAUGCCCUGCUGGGAGUCAUUGUCAUCUGGAUCCUCUCCAUUGCCAUGGCUUCUCCAGUUGCCUACAACCAGGGCUUGGUCUAUAAGAACAACCAGACUUUCUGUUGGGAAUCCUGGCCAAAUGCCCAGCAUAAAAGGGUCUAUGUAGUGUGCACAUUUGUCUUUGGAUACCUGCUCCCUCUUCUUCUUAUUUCCUUUUGCUAUGCCAAGGUACUCAACCACCUGCAUAAAAAGUUAAGAAACAUGUCAAAGAAAUCAGAGGCUUCAAAGAAAAAGACAGCGCAGACUGUGCUUGUUGUGGUGGUCGUGUUUGGAAUCUCCUGGCUUCCACAUCAUGUGAUCCAUUUGUGGGUUGAAUACGGAAACUUUCCUCUCACCCAAGCCUCGUUUGUCUUCAGAAUAGCUGCACACUGUCUUGCAUACAGCAACUCUUCGGUGAAUCCUAUCAUUUAUGCGUUUCUCUCUGAAAAUUUCAGAAAGGCCUACAAGCAGGUAUUUAAGUGCCAGAUUGGCUGCGACUCCAACCAGAGUGACGCGAAAGAAAUAAAAAGCAAGUUGGAAACUCCACCAUCAACGAACUGCACUCAUGUCUGACUCUGCCAAAUGAAUGCCAUACUAAAACCAUAUGCUAAAACCAAGUGCACGGUUUGGAAGCACAAAUUCAUCCAAUAACUACAAUUACUUAGUCUAAUUGUAAAGUACCCCUGUAGGUGGUGAUUAGAUUUUUUCAGUCAUUUUCUACAUCCUCUCAAAGCUAUAGCUUUCAAUAUGUGGGAAACCAAAGACUGGCACUCUUGAUAAAUAUGUGUAAAGUAGACAGAUGUCUAUUGCUUUUGAACUGUAUCAUACAUUAUUUUAAGUCAUGCAGCGUGCAAUGUGUGCAUGUUUAUAAUGUUUUUUCCAUGCUGGAAUGCAAUUACAGAAUUUUGAAGUAUGGUAAUUAUAUGUAUAUAAAAACACACUUUUAAAAGAUGCUGCAAAAUGAAAAUGUGUAAACAGUAAUGUAGCCCUAUUGUAAUAAUGUAAGGAAAUUAGAAAUUCCUUGGCCAUAUAAAGGCAUGAAGUCUCUGGCUUUUAUACAGUUUGAGGAACUUAAAGUGAACUUCUAAUUUUGUCAUAAUUUACGACACAGGGAUACAUUUUUUUAAUAUAAUGCAAAGUUAUACCACUCAGCACUGUUUUUAGGAAAGUAGUUUACAGGUUAUCUGUGGCUCUUGUGUAUUGUAAGCAUUUAAGAAAAUAAAUACUUUUCUGAUGUUGAAAGAAAUGGUGGCAAAAAUGUGAACACAAACAAAUUCAUCUGUAUAUCCCAAUAAAGGUGAUAGUACAUAUUAUCCAUGCUUUCCAGCUGGACUGUAAAACAGGAGGAGGUUUUGGAUUAUGGUAUACAAAAGUGUUGCACAUAUCUAUGCUACGAGAUACGAUUUGAUUACAUUUACAAGAUUAUGGGGCAGAUUUAUCAAGGGUCAAAGUGAAUUUGAGGGAAUUUUCGAAGUAAAAAAAUUCAAAAUUUGAAGUAAUUUUUUGGAUACUUCGACCAUCAAAUAGGAAAUUACAGCUUCGACUUCUAUUAUAAGUAAAAUUGUUCGAAUAUUCGACCAUUCGAUAAUCUAAGCACUGUCUCU